AUGCAGCAGUGGCAAGUCGGCCCCGUGCCGGACUACGUCUACUCCAACUCCCCCCACCCGUCCAACGACAUGCAUAACCAUCCUUACCCGGCCGAUAUGGCUCGUCGCAACGACCGUAUGGAGUUUCCCUACGGCGCUCAGCCUAACAUGGCGGCCCAGCAGCAACACCACCCAACUCCAGUCCAGCCGCCCAUGAGCGUAUCGCAACAGCCCCCGAAUGGCCCUCCGUCUCAGCAGCAGACGCCGACUCAGCCCGCGGCCCAGCCGCCCAACGCCCGCUCACGGAAGCGGCCGGCCCAGAACGCUGCGCCUUCACCCGCCACGGCUGCCGCUCCACCUCCCGUUGCCGCCGCCCAGGGUCAGCCUCCUGCGCCAACGCCUCCCGCUCCCCAGGCUGCUCCUCCGCAAGCCCAGCCGACGGCCAACGACAACGCAAACUCGACCGAUGCCGCCUCGGGCCCUCCCACCAAGAAGAGCAGGACCAACACGCCGUGGACUCCCCAGGAAGAGCUGCGGUUGAAGCAGAUGCGAGAUGCCGGAAACAGCUGGGCUGAGAUUGCUAAGACCUUCCCUACGCGGACAGAAGGAUCCGUGAAGAAGCAUUGGUACAAGGACAUGCACUAUGCUGAGUUUGCCGAGGACGAAAGUCAGGCGCUGUUGAACGCUAUUAAAGAAUACGAGAACAACAAGUGGAAGGUCAUUGGCCAGAAGGUUGGAAAACCAGCAAAGGCCUGUGAACAGUAUGCAAAGGAGCAUUUUCCAGAUCUCUUUGGCAACCCCAAGGGGAGAUGA